AUGUCUAUCUAUUUUACUGUUCAUAUCUAUCUAUCUAUCUAUCUAUCUAUCUAUCUACUCUCCUCUCUCUCUAGCUAUCUUAAUCUGAUGACCUGUAACUAUCUCAAUCUGUUCUCUCUAUUUCUGUAUCUCUCUCUAUCUACUUCUGUCUGCUCACCCGCUCUAUCUAUCUAUCCCAGAUUGCUCACCUCUCUCUAUCUCAGCCUGCCCACACCAUCUAUCUCAGUCUGCUCGCCUCUGUAUCUAUUUCAGUUUGCUCACAUCUAUCUAUCUAUCUAUCUAUCUACUCACCUCUCUCUCUAUAGCUAUCUUAAUCUGCUUAUCUCUAUCUCAGUCUGUUCUCUCUCUGUAUAUAUCUCUCUCUCUAUCUCAGUCUGCUUACCUUUAUCUAUCUAUCUAUCUAUCUAUCUAUCUAUCUAUCUAUGUCUCUUCAUAUCUAUUUAUCUUCUGUUCUCUCUAUCUGUACCUCUCUCUCUCUCUAUCUCAGUCUGCUUGCCCCCUCUCUAUCUCAUUAUGAUCAAAUCUAUCUAUCUAUCUAUCUGUGUCUGUUCAUAUCUAUCUCAAUCUGCUCACCUCUCUCUCUCUCUCUGUUUAGCUAUCUUAAUCUGCUCACCUCUCUCUAUCUAUUUCAGUCUGUUCUCUCUAUUUCUGUAUCUCUCUCUCUAUCUAGCUCAGUCUGCUUGGCUCCUCUCUCUAGCUAUCUCAGUUUGCUCACAUCUAUCUAUCUAUGCCUGUUCAUAUCUAUAA